AUGUUCUCCCUUCGCACCGCUGUGCGGAGAGCUUCCACCAGCAAGCCCCUCCGCGCUCUCUCCGCACCGCACGCCGUUUCCUCUGCGAGACUCUGCUCUCCUCGUCAUGCUCUGAAAGCUUCCGCUGUCCCGUUGCUGCAGAGCCGUCCCUAUUCCCGUGCCGCAGACCCUCACCUCUCGUCAACUCGGUCUACCGUUGUCCAGCUGCUGAGCAACAUUGGUUCGAAGCGUGAGGUGCAGCAGUAUCUCUCUCACUUCACAUCGGUCUCCUCUCAGCAAUUCGCCGUGAUUAAGGUUGGCGGUGCUAUCAUUACCGAACACCUUCAGACACUAUCCUCGGCUMUUGCCUUCCUCAACCACGUCGGCCUCUACCCCAUUGUCGUCCAUGGAGCCGGACCUCAGCUCAAUCGCAUGCUGGAGGCUGCUGGCGUGGAGCCACAAUUUGAAGAUGGUAUCAGAGUAACGGAUGGCAAGACCUUGGCCCUUGCCAGGAAGCUGUUCUUGGAGGAGAAUCUGAAGCUGAUCGAGGAGCUGGAACGUAUGGGUGUGAGGGCCCGUCCAAUCAACGCAGGCGUGUUUUACGCCGACUACCUCGACAAGGAGAAGUACAACCUAGUUGGUAAGAUCAACGGCGUCAACAAGAAGCCUAUCGAAUCUGCCAUCGAAGCUGGCUGUCUGCCCAUCCUGACCUCUAUGGCGGAGACCCCUGACGGCCAGGUCUUGAACGUGAACGCGGACGUCGCUGCCGGUGAACUGGCUCGUGCCCUGCAGCCACUGAAGAUCGUGUACCUUGCUGAGAAAGGCGGAUUGUUCAACGGUGACACUGGCGAGAAGAUCUCUGUGAUCAAUCUCGAUGAAGAGUACGACCACUUGAUGACGCAAUGGUGGGUGCGCCACGGCACUCGCCUGAAGAUCAAGGAGAUGAAGGAGCUGCUCAACGACCUUCCCCGUACCUCGAGCGUUGCCAUCAUCCACCCCGCUGAUCUCCAGAAGGAACUAUUCACCGACUCUGGAGCUGGAACUUUGAUCCGCCGGGGUAACAAAGUGCACACAAAGACUUCUCUUUCCGAGUUCGAGGACUUGGAGAAGCUGAAGGAUGUGCUUGUCCGCGACCGCGAGGGCCUUGAUGCGAGGGCUACCGUCGACCGCUACGUCGAAGGCUUGAAGGAGCGUGACUUCAAGGUUUACUAUGAUGAGCCUAUGGAAGCUCUUGCUGUCGUCUUGCCCCCAGGCAAAGAUAACACUUCUUCCUUCCCCCACCUUGCUACAUUCACGAUCACCAAGUCCGGAUGGUUGUCCAACGUCGCCGACAACGUUUUCGCGGCCAUCAAGAAGGACUUCCCUCAGUUGGUUUGGACAGUCAAGGAGAACGACGAGAACCUUACUUGGUUCUUUGACAAGGCCGAUGGUAGUCUGAGCCGCGACGGUGAGGUUCUCUUCUGGUAUGGCAUCGAGAGCGGCGAAGAGGUCAAGCAGCUGGUGCAGGAAUUUAACCAGCAUGGCCGCCAGAUGUUUGGUGACAUCAACCUUGAGGCCAGACUCCAGCGCGCUGCUCAGGCGGCCACUCACAUUGGCAAGGGCUUCGGUGCUAGCGGUGCCUCUGUUGAGCAGAAGCGUGCAUUCUCCUCCACCGCUAAUGCUUUGCGGGCCGCUCGCUUCGGACGUCCCGCAGUCGCUCCCAGCGCUGUGAGAUCCUAUUCCACCACGAAUCCCAACCCUCCUCUGGGAGAAAAGAACAUGUCCAACAACCGGCCCUCCAAGGUUGCUCUCAUUGGAGCCCGUGGCUACACUGGCCAAGCCCUGAUCAACCUGAUCAAUGCUCACCCCUACAUGGAUCUCCGCCAUGUUUCUUCUCGCGAGCUGGCUGGCAAGAAGUUGCAGGGCUAUGACAAGCGUGAGAUCAUUUACGAGAAUCUGAGCCCCGAAGACGUGAAGCGCAUGUCUGCGAAUGGUGAUGUGGACUGCUGGGUCAUGGCUCUACCUAACGGUGUUUGCAAGCCGUUCGUAGAUGCUGUCGACCAGGGCUCUGAAACGGGCAACGUCAUUGUUGACCUGAGCGCUGAUUAUCGCUUCGACGACAAGUGGACUUACGGUCUUCCUGAGCUGGUCAACCGUGGUAAGAUCGCUCAGGCCACUCGCAUCUCCAACCCCGGUUGCUAUGCUACCGCUGCCCAAAUCGGCAUUGCUCCUCUCGUUCCCUACCUCGGUGGACAGCCCACCGUUUUUGGUGUCUCCGGAUACUCGGGCGCUGGCACCAAGCCUAGCCCCAAGAACGAUGUGCAGAACCUCACAAACAACAUUAUUCCUUACAGCUUGACUGACCACAUCCACGAGAGAGAGAUCAGCACACAGCUCGGAACUAGCAUUGCCUUUAUCCCCCACGUCGCUGUGUGGUUCCAAGGCAUUCACCACACCAUCAGCAUUCCUCUCAACCAGGAGAUGACUUCUCGCGACAUCCGCAACAUUUACCAGGAGCGUUACGCCGGCGAGAAGCUUGUGAAGAUCAUUGGUGAGGCGCCUCUUGUCAAGAACAUUGCUGGCCGUCAUGGUAUCGAGGUCGGAGGAUUUGCCGUUCACUCCAGCGGCAAGCGUGUCGUUGUUUGCGCUACGAUCGACAACCUUCUGAAGGGUGCGGCUACUCAGUGCCUCCAGAACAUGAACCUCGCUCUCGGCUAUGGCGAGUACGAAGGCAUUCCUCUCGAGUAA